ACACAGUACUGUCAACAACCUCAGAUCAGAUGUUUAUCCAGAGUUCUAACCAUCCUCUCCCCUUCUCUCUCUCCAGAUUCCCAAGCUCUUCAGGAGUCGGGCGAGCAAGCCCACUGGUGCGUGGUAGCGUACUGGGAGGAGAAGACUCGCGUUGGACGCCUCUACUCGGUCCAGGAGCCCUCCCUGGACAUCUUCUAUGACCUACCUCAGGGGAACGGCUUCUGCCUGGGCCAGCUCUGCUCCGAGAACAAGAGCCAGCUGGUGCAGAUGGUGCGCAGCAAGAUAGGCUACGGCAUCCAGCUGACGCGCGAGCAGGACGGCGUGUGGGUGUACAACCGCAGCUGCUACCCCAUCUUCAUCAAGUCGGCCACACUGGACAAUCCUGACUCGCGGACGCUGCUGGUGCACAAGGUGUUCCCCGGCUUCUCCAUCAAGGCCUUUGACUUUGACAAGGCGUACAGCCUGCAGAGACCCAACGACCACGAGUUCACGCAACAGCCACGCACAGGCUUCACUGUACAGAUCAGCUUCGUCAAGGGCUGGGGACAAUGCUACACGAGACAGUUCAUCAGUAGCUGCCCCUGCUGGCUGGAAGUCAUUUUCAACACUCGAUAGCAGCAAGCCUCCUUCCUCUCACUCCCCUCUCCUCCUCCUCCUCCUCCUGCUCCUUUCUUGGCCAUGGACAUGGGCUAGCCCUUACCCCCAUUUUUUCUGAUCUUUAUUUUAAAAGAGACAUUCACGAGAAGAUGUUUUAAAAAAAACACACACACACCCGAUAACGAGUUUAAUAAAUGACUAAGAUUUAAUUAAGUGAAAUAAAGCUAAAAUGUAUUUUAUGUUAUAUAUAAAUAUAUUAUUACUUGUAAAUAUGAAGACGUUUUAUAUGCAUCAUUAUUUAUGUAUUGUGCAAUGUGUUAAUGAGAAACAAGAGAUGCACUUUGCUUAAUAUAAAUGGAGACAAAGAAGAUGCCAAGAUUAAAAAAAUACUAAAUGAA